AUGGCUUUGUUCACAUAGCCAGCCAGUGCAUCAGCUAUGCAGUGCAAGGCAGAGUUUCAAGACUUAACUUUUAUGGACUGUAAAUGGAAUUGGCAGUGUUAUCUAUAUAAAGGGAGAAGGGAAGAGCCCUGCAUGAUGGCAAGGAUUCUGAGGCUGCUUGUCUGAAGCGUUUAUCGUGGCAGAUUAUAGCUGCUGUCCAUAGGGGAGAAUUGGCAGGCACAUCAAAGCAUAAUUCCCCCUCCACGCCUAACUGAUGGUAACACUCACACAUCCAGAUACAAUCAAGGAAGGGAAGGUUGCACAUGUAUUAUAUGAAAUUAUUUUAGAUUAGGAAAAUAAACCAACAGAAGAAUUGUGUUUUUUAAAGAACAUUUAUAAUAUAUUCACAUUUAAUAUGCAUCAUCUAUAAUUAAGUAUGAAACAAUGCAUUAAAAGCUAAAUGCUUAGUGAGUCAGGUUUUGAAUGUUGCACUGCUGAAGAAGAAGAAUUAAAUAUAUAUAAGAUUUCAUCUUUUUCUGCUCUAUUGUAUGUUGGCCUAAUUUUUUGUGUGUGUGUGUGUGUUUUUUUUAUUAAAUCUCACCUUGCAAGUAAUUCUAAAGACAUGGACGUGCUUCCCUCUUGUGGCGAACUGAAAAUGUAUUCUUGAAACGAUAUGCUAAGAGGCUUGAGCAUUUUGUUUACAUUCCCAUGGCAACACGUUUGCAGCGUUACCUGUUGCAGGUGUUGGGCUAGUUGCAUUUCAUUUCAGGCAAAAGUAUAUUUAUCGCUCAAGCACCAUGAACACCCUCCUAUCCAGGGAUUCCCAAGUGAAGAUCAUGGAAACCACAGUGGGCCAUGCUGAAAAGUAUCUGGGCCAGUUCUGCACAUUGAUGGCUUCCUACACUCGGAAAACAGCCAAACUCAGAGACAAGGCAGACCUGGUGGUUAAACAGCUUAGCGAUUUUGCCAAUACUGAGAAUCCUGAGCUGAGAACAUGUCUGAAGAGUCUAGCUGAUGAUUUAGCCAUGGUGCAGGACUACAGGCAGGCAGAGGUGGAGAGGCUGGAAACUAGGGUUGUCAUGCCACUGAAAGCUUAUGGAGACAUUAUCAAACAAAAACGGGCAGACAUGAAGAAGUUCAACAGUACUCGGAACCAUGAGAUGAAAGAACUGGGAAAACUGGAGAAGAUUAGGCUGAAAAACCCCUCAGACAGACAUGGGAUUUCCCAGGCUGAAGCCAAUGCCCAGAAAGCCUCAGCUGAAGCUUCCCGCACCACACGUCAGCUUGAAGAAACCAUAAAUGACUUCCAGAAACAAAAAAUGGAAGACAUCAAGAAAAUUUUCUCAGACUUUCUAACCAUUGAGAUGCUUUUCCAUGCAAAAGCCCUAGAAGUUUACUCCAGUACUUUUCAAAACCUGGAAAACUUCGAUAUGGAGAAAGAUCUGGAGAUAUACAGAUCAAGGGUCCAUAUUUAUGACGGUACCAUUGAUUCCAUGGCUUUACCAACCAGUAGAUCCACUUCUUCAAUGCAACGCGGUUCACGUCCAACCUGGAGGACCCCCCAGAGUACAUUGCGUAGACAGCAGGAAAUUGAGGAUGUGUAUGAAUCGGAAGAGGAAGAUGAUUUAGAGGACCUGGGUGAAGAAUACGCACAAAUCAGAAGAUAAUAAUCUGAUAAUAUAUUGUUGUGGGAAAAGAACAGUUGCAUUUAAAUCUUUAGUUUCAUAUAUAGUUUAUAGUAUUAUUUGUAGUAUUAAUAAACAGAAAAUAAUG